CUGCAGUGCUGUUCCUGAUUCAUUGCAUAUGUGUGGUUUGUCUGUGCUCACCUAUGGGCCUUGUCAUGCCUUUAGCAUAUGCUUAUAAGUGCCACCUGUCAGUGUCCAUCAGUGCCAGCAGUCAGUGCUCAUCAGUGCCACGUGCCAGUGCCCAUCAGUGCCACAUCAAUGCCACAUAUCAGUGCAUUAGAGUGCACAUCAAUGACACAUAUCAGUGCCCAUCUGAGCUGCCUUUCAAUGUCAUCCAUCAGUGCCAGUCAGUGCCACCUAUCAAUGCCAAUUAGUGUCACCUAUCAGUGCUGCCAAUCAGUGCCACCUACCAGUGCCAGUCAGUGUCGCCUAUCAGUGCGCAUCAGUGCCAGUCAGUGCCGCCUAUCAGUGCCAGUCAGUGCCGCCUAACAGUGCCAGCCAGUGCCACCUAUCAGUGCCAUAUAUCAGUG